AACAAACUUCACUUUAAACCAGCUCAGCUCCUGCAUCAACCUCUGCCACCAUGGAAAAACUCAUCUGUACUUUAUUACUGCUAUUAUCCCAGCUAUUCAUUCAAACACUGCGUGUGUAUGGAGAGGGUUUUGCACUGGGACCCAUUGAACUUGCUCCUAUUCCCUGUAACGACAAAGCAGUGGAGAAACUGUCUCGGCUGGCUGUCACUUACAUCAACGAGGAUCGUACUGAUGGGUAUAAGUUUGCUCUCAAUCGCAUAGCAAAUGUCCACCUGCAUGCUCAGGGCCCAGCAGGCAAUGUCUAUUACCUGGACCUGGAUGUCCUGGAAACCAAGUGUCACAUAGGCAGCCCAAAACCAUGGAAACGUUGUGACGUCAGACCAUUCAUGGAAACACAAAUCUCUGGAAACUGCAACACCACAAUUCUGCACACACGAGAGGGCUACUCCUACUUGUACAGCUACGACUGCACGCUAGUACCAGAUGCCCCAGAGAAGCUCCAGAAGAUCUGUCCAACCUGCCCCCUCUUGCUUUCUGUGGACAACCCAGAGGUCAAGUCUGCUGCUCAGGCCACUCUUGUGUCCUAUAAGAGACAGUCCACAUUGGGUUUAGGGCUCGGAGUGAAGAAGAUCACCAGAGCUGCACAGCAAUCUGUGCCAGUGAAAGUCAUGUUUGUGGAGUACACAGUUGAACAGUGUCCAGAAGGAGUGACAGAAAGAGGCACCUGCCAGCAGCUGACACUUGAAUCCGAAAAAGAGACUGCAGGUUUCUGUGCUGGUUCAGUACAUGGAGACGUCAACUUCCAUCCUGACAUUCAGGUGUCCUGUGAGAUGUUCAAAGUACAGAAUGUGGACAUCUUCAGACCAGUGCAGCCGCAGGGUCACGACCUCCCCUUGUAUCCCGCCAUCCCGACCUUACCGCCUGUGAUCAUUGACCCAGGAAAUGAUCAGCUGCCUACAUCCACUGACCCUGCACUGGCCCCUGCUACUCAACCGACACCAUUGGACCCGGCAUACAUCACCCCUGCGACCUUUGACCCUUCAGUUGUGGUUAACCCUUCUAGCCCCUCUUCCUCAUCUUCCAGUGAGUCUGCUGAAAGUCUAGGAAACAUGCAACAGCAACCACCUUUGGACUCAUCCUCUGAGGAGAUUGGAGGUUUCGUGGCGCUACGUCCGCCGUUUAACUUCCGCUACCAGAAGCGUGACCGCAAGAAACGGCAGGCAUUGAUGGAGACCUCAACCUCUCACGAUCCCAUAUUCCUGGCUGAUUUCCCCAGUGGGACAUCUCCUUUCCGCUCCUGUCCUGGUCCUGCUCGAUACACCACAGUUUAAGUGGCCAUUUUAUUCUUGUUUGGUCUACCUGAUGUGAAGAUUGGAUGGAUUAACUGCUCCGCUCCCUCGCAAUGUCACUUAAAUGUUCCACUUUAACAAUUUGUUCUAAUGAGAGGAAUGAAUUUCCUCAGACAAAUGACUAAACUACUAUAAUAGUGCUCCCAGAGCAGCUGGUGCUUAAACCUGGAUGAUAUUGAGAAUGGCUUCAAAUGUUUGGACAAUUUGGGUAAAUCUUGGUAGGAAUGUCAGCUACUUGAAUACUCAUCUAAGCCAAAAAUUUUACAUAACCCAAAGUACCUAUUUUGGUGAAAUAAAGCAAUAGCUCUUAGUUUUUUGAAGCACA